UUUAGGAUUUUAUUUUGCUUGACUUGCACGCUCUCAACGUCUCACCUUCACCGUUACCGUGACGACCUGUGAAGGCAUUCAAAACUUCCUCCGCUGCACUUCAGGAGUAAAAACGACUAAUAACAGCAUGUUAUUCUGUCAGGAUCCAACUACGAGAUGGAGAAGCAACAAGAAGAUAACCGGGCAGUGAUUAACAAAGAAGACAGGGUGCUAAAGCAUCAAGAGACGCCAGAGAGGAAAUAUAUUGAUGCCCUCCUAGAUAUUAGUGAGGAGAGCUUCAUGAGAGAUCUACAACCAUAUGAGGAUCAUUGUUACUCUGGUUGGGAACAUGCUGUUCGGGGUUGGGCCAGAGUCUCUCCUAUGAGCUGCAUAUUGAUGAAUGAGAAGAACCAGGACAAAGCAAAGCAUGAGGAGGCUGACAAUCCGGCCACUUUGGUGCUCAACCGAACACUCUCUAAAGCAGGCAGCAAAGCCAGCCUGGUGGAGCAGUACUGUAAGUCCCACGCAGGCCUGCCUAACAUUAAGGAAGCUGGAUCAAUGGACCACCAUGCAGGACCUUGGGGUCCAACCGAAUGGCCUGUCCACAAUACCACUCAGAAAUACUUGCUAGGUUCCUUCUUUGAGGGGAAGAUGGAGAAGAAAGGAAUGCUACAAGAGACGACUUCAUCGCCUUGCCAUCUGUCCUCACAGUCGUCCCUGUCAGGAAGUAGGGCCUUGAAAGCUCAGAAGCACACAAUUAGGGAUGUCACAGUGGUUCCAAUCAAGAAUUUGACAUUUUUACCUCCUAUCAUUUCACCACAGACAAAGCCUAAGGUCAACACCCAUGUCUGCAGGGGCAAGAAGACCCCAGAUGCAAAAAUCUUUCACAAGCCUGAGAAGAGGAUCGGAGUAAGUCGGACACAACUGGACAUUGUAGCUUACUCCAACCUUCCUGUUGUCUCCACAGCCCCGAUUUUGAGCCACCAGGCAUGCCAGCAAAACCCCCAUUUGUUCCCUGCUGUUGGUGUUUCUGUUUCUAGGAGGCAACCAUCCAUAUCUCUCAAACCUGACACAUUGGAUCCCACAAGGUACUCACUGGACAAGAACAUGUCACAAGCUAUGAUGCAACCUCUGGUGCCUGCCAGGUGCCUGUUCACCUAAGCAUCAGGACUGUGUACUAUUCAGCUUUAUGAGGCUUAUGAGAUAAAUGUGUGUCAUCACUAAAAACAUUCAGUCAAAUAAAGUCCCUUGGUUAUACAGCUAAA